AUGGCGAAAAAUUCAGACCAAAAUUAUCUUACACAUUCGCUUAAUGAUGGAUUGAAACCAGGGAUGAACAUGGAGGUGGGCUGUUUUGAGUACCAAGGCCUGGACCUGGACCCUCAUACAAAGAGGGAUCAGAUUGACCAAGGGUCUCGGAAAGAUGCAUGUAUAGGAGAUGACGCCGCAUGGGAAGUGCGAAGGCAUACACAUAAACUGAUAAAUAUGAAGAACCAGACAAAGGACAAACAGAGUUCGGGUGAUUUUUCGAGCAAAUACUGGAGUGCUCCUCCGAGGCCACUUGAUUUCUCCAUUAUCCGCCGCUUGUCAAUUACUAUUGAACAAGCAAACAGUAAAAAGGCCAUCCCGGAGAGGCGACUGGAACGCUGGGAGUUUGGGGAGAUAUCACGCAGGUGGUGGCAUCGCCGCCCUCUGGAGCCAGGACAUGUGCUAGUUCUAGAAUCGGUUACAGAGUACAGAGUAGUUUUCCUUGCAAUUAGGCUGGGGCCUUGGUCAGAAAUUCUUUCUCUGUUGGAUCAGCGUCAUGGCUGGUUUUCUCAAAGCUCCCCAUUCUUCUUGCUACAGAAGCACAAGCACAAGCUUACUGUAGACCCUUGCUCUGAUGUCCACCAACAUUACCUUACGAAAAUUUUUGCUCUGGAUGCACGAUGCCAGUUGAUGCAUGGUUCGCCAAUAUUUUCUUGGUCGAUAAGGUCCAGACGCAGAGGCCUGUUCUCCUGGAGCGGCUUUCUGCGACCACAUCGGCAUGCUAGCAGAAAUUGA